AUGUUUGUUGUAGUACAACUCGGAUGGCUGAGUUCGGCUAUCUUCCAAGCUUCUCACCUCUUCUACAGUCCAACUAUCAAGUAAGUUACCAUAAUAGGACAUGAAUCAUGUCUAACAUUCCAUAACAAACAAAUGAUCUAAUAAACAUCAUAACAAAAGUUAUUUUAGGUACGCCAUGUUUUGUUUUUGGCUAAUUGACUUUGUAUGGUUCAUCUUAAUUUGGGUUUUACUGGCAGGGAUUCUCAAAAACCGACCUCAAUUCAUACUCUCACAUAUUAUUUAUUGUGUAAGUUAAACGAUUCUUGAUACUAGUGAAUUUAACGUUAUCUUGUAUACUUAAAAAAUAAUAAAAAACGACCAAAACCUUUUCCAACCUUUUUAGAUAUUUCUAACCGUUUUCAACUCAAUUACCUUCAUUUACAUUAUUUUAUCAGCCGACGGCACAGCUAUCCUAAUCAAUACUAUAACCCUAACUGUUCUCUUCACGUCGUUGUAUCAUGAAAACAUUUGCUACAAACUUAUGAAUUGUGAUAAUUAUUUUUUACAUUAA